UAUAAAUAUAACCCAAAUGGGUCCCUGAAUUCUAUGUCUUAGUCCCUAAAUAAAGUUUGAUUGUUCAAGUCAUGGGCACCUUUUUCACUCCUUCUACUGUUUCAACCACCAGCAAAUGGCUCGGCUUCGUCACCGCCGUUUGGAUCCAAUGCAUCUCCGGCAACAACUACACUUUUUCAAACUACUCCGACGCUGUCAAAUCCCUCAUGCAUCUCACUCAGGUCCAACUCAAUAACCUAUCCGUCGCUAAAGAUGUCGGAAAAGCCUUCGGUCUUCUCGCCGGCCUCGCCUCCGAUCGCUUCCCAACCUGGGUCAUUCUUCUCAUUGGCUCCGUCGAGGGUCUCAUCGGCUACGGCGCUCAGUGGCUCGUCGUUAGCCAGAGAAUCAAGCCGCUUCCCUAUUGGCAGAUGUGCGUGUUUCUGUGCAUGGGAGGGAAUAGCACAACGUGGAUGAAUACUGCGGUUUUGGUGACUUCCAUAAGAAACUUUAGAAGCAACAGGGGUCCUGUUUCGGGCAUUCUCAAGGGUUUUGUGGGGUUGAGCACUGCCAUUUUCACUAACCUCUGUUCUGCUCUUUUCGCCGACGACCCUGCCUCCUUCCUCGUCAUGCUCGCUAUCAUUCCCUUCGCCGUUUGUCUCACCGGUGUCUUUUUCCUCCGAGAGGUUCCUCCUUCUGAAGACACACAUGAGACUAAGUACUUCGGCGUUUUCAACGCCAUCGCCGUCGUCGUCGCGCUUUACUUGUUGGCUUAUGGGUUCAUUCCCAGCCCUAACACGUUGGUGUCUCGAGUGUUCGUCGCCGUUUUGCUGAUUCUGUUGGUCUCGCCGCUGGGGGUCCCGGUGUACUCGUACUUGAAGGAGCGGUUUCGAGCGGGAAAUGACGUUGAGGAGCAGCGGGUGAACGAACCGUUGAUUCAAAGCAAGGAGAAGGGGAGUGAAAGCGUGGCGGUGGUGGAGGAAGUGGUGGUGGUGGUAAAGAGGGUACCGGUGGUGGGGGAGGAGCACACGAUAAUGGAGGCGUUGAGGAGCGUUGACUUUUGGAUCUUGUUUGUGUCUUUUCUUUGCGGGGUUGGAACGGGUUUGGCCGUGAUGAACAAUAUGGGUCAAAUCGGGUUGGCGCUUGGUUACAGUGAUGUUUCGCUCUUUGUGUCGUUUACGAGUAUUUGGGGGUUUUUCGGACGGAUCAUAUCGGGUUCUGUUUCGGAGCUAUCCAUCAAGAAAGCAGCAACACCUAGACCUCUUUGGAUGGCAGCAUCUCAGCUUCUGAUGGCUGUGGGUUACAUACUCAUGGCCUUGGCUAUGCCCGGUUCCCUUUACGUUGGGUCUAUUUUAGUUGGCAUAUGUUAUGGAGUGAGGCUUGCUAUUACAGUGCCAACAGCCUCUGAGUUGUUUGGACUCAAAUACUAUGGUCUCAUCUAUAAUAUUCUCAUCCUUAACCUUCCACUGGGGUCUUUCCUCUUUUCUGGGUUGCUUGCGGGCAUAUUGUAUGACAUGGAAGCAACUACAAUAGAGGGAGGGGGCAACACCUGCGUUGGAGGUCAUUGUUAUAGGCUAGUCUUCAUAGUCAUGACAGGAGCGUGCAUUGUUGGGUUCUUCUUAGACAUUCUUUUGUCAUUUAGAACCAAGAACAUUUACAAGAAGAUUUCCAUGAGCAAGAAAUCCAAGGAAAUCCUUAGGGACAUCAAAUAGCCAAUGAGCCGGAAUGGGGCACACAAGAUGGCAUAACAAUCUUGGGAUUGAUGAACUCUAUGCUCAAUGAUAUCCCAAUGUCAAUUCAUUUUAUUUUUCUGAAUAAAAGUAGACCAUUUAUUUCAAUUCCAUUUUGAUUCAUUAGCAUUCUGUUGGAAGGAAUAUUAGUGAGAUGAAGUUCUUUUUGUUCCACUUGUAGGAAGUGUAUUUAGUGUUGUGCGGGUUUUUUGGUAGAAAAAUAUUAUGCACUUUGUUUGAUGAUUUUGUGUGGUGGUAUUGGAUGUUUUCUCGUGUUCUUCAAAGUCGGUGUCGUUUGGUAGUUAGCGAAAGUCAUUAGUUUCCAGAUCCAAAUUGGGAUAGUGGCAAUCUAAGGUUGUAAUCCUUAGCAUUGUUGUACUAGAUGUUGUGUUGUAUUGUGUUGACACCAUGUUCAAUGAAGGAGGAAGCUUAUGCC